UUUGGUGGACAGAGCACCUGGUGGUUGGUAAGGGUCUGGCUUGCGAUGCGUCAGGGGUUGGGUUCUGCCUGAACUCCUUGCCUCAUCCUAGAGGUGGUAAAGGGGGGAGAGCUCUUGUCCCUCAGUGGGGCCGUGGUGGAGUGGGGAGAGCUCUUGUCCCUCAGUGGGGCCAAGGCUGUGGAGGGUAGCACAGUCGGGCUGGCCCAAGUUCCUGCUGCAUGCAAGUGCGUCGAGGAAAAGGGGCCAGGGGAGACCUGCCCCUGAGCCCCCUGAUCCACAGGUGGGAGUUUCACACAGCUCCCCGAGGCUGGAGGGGCCAACUUUGCCCCCGGCACGUUCUUGCCGCCCCGCUCCCGCUAGCUCCGCCUGUGACCUUGAUUUUUCUGCUCCAGAUAAGCGCUGCGUCCCCACCCCUCGCCGGGAGCCCCUCCUGCGCUGCGCCCCGGCCCCAGCGCAGCCCGCGCCGCGGGCAGAGCCUGCCCCGCCGCCUGUGAGUCAGCACAGCUCUUCCGAUCAGCCGCAGCCCCUUCAUCUCUUCUCCCGGGAGGAGCAGCUGGGAUGCGGGAAGCAGCAGCGAUUAGCUGCAGCCUCUCCCACAGGCUCCCCACCACGACCGGGCGUUUGUGCUGAGCCCUGCCUUGCCCAGCGCGCAGCCUACCUGUAUCCUGCUCCUGGCCGUCCUCCUCUUUCUCCCAACCAGCCCUGCAGGCAAGAUCUGUGCUCUCAAAGGACUGCGUGUCCCUGUGUUCCAGGAAGCUGCGAGCACCGCUGUCCUCUCAGCAUCGCUGCUCCCUCCCGGCAGAGCCCGGCAAGCCAACAGCAGCUGCUCCCCGCCGGCACGUGGGUUGCGUGGCUCUGGCUGCCACAGAAGGACCUUGUUCCCUCCUGGACAGUGCUCGGAGCAGGGCUGGGAUGGGCUUGGAUGCGCUCUGAGUCUGCCUCAUCUCCGGGCUUUAAAUAUUCAUGCUUUUGAUUUUCUCUUAGCGGCCAGUGGCACAGGGGCUGGAGUGAGCUGUGGGGCGGAGGGUGGCCGUGCUGAACCCAGCAGCAGGGCAGAGGGAGCUGGAUCCGGUCCUGGAUGAAGACAAUGGGUUUUGUUGCUGGCCCGCUGUUGAAGUGGCAAGGGGCUUGAGGACCUCCAGGCUGGGCCAGAGCAUUCUGAGCUCCCCUCCCCGAGCCAGCGGCUCCCCAGGGUGUCGCUGCGGCCCCGUUUCCUCCCUGCCGUGGCGCGUUGCUCUCGGUCUAAACGGAUCUGCACAUCCUUGCUGACGCCGAUCACGAUUGAUCGGCCGUGCCUGCACGGUGCCCGGCAGCCCCCUGGACCUGCUGCCGCCGUGCCAGGCCCAGCUCUCCCUGCCAGCCAUGCCGGGCUGCCGUGGACCUAGCGCAGAGUUCAGCCGAGGCUUCUGCUUGGGGGCAGCUUCCCGGCGGCUGCAGGCACUCGGAUUCUCUGUGGGGCCCCUGUGAGGCCUGGCUGGCUGCAUCCACCCUACUGCCACUCUGGACAGGGCGGCUGUGGCCCUUCUCACCCCGUCUCCAGCAUGGAUCUCCUGCAAAAGAGCAAAUACAGCCACCUGCGGAACGAGUCCGUCUCCUCUCCGGAGGAGGCUGUGGCGGGCCUGGGAGUCCUGCCCUCCCCAGUGGAGUCCCUUGCAAGCAUGCAGUCUCUGCCUGGUUCCCUGUCCUCCUCCCUCAGCCACGCUGCACCUCUCGGGGAGCUCUCGCCUGAGUUGGAGGAGAGCCCUACCACCCUCUGCUCCUUCUUCCCCAAAAUGGCCAACCUGAAGCUCUCCAAUCCCGCCAACUUGCUCAGCUUGCGGGGCUCUUCGGCCGGCAGCAGCCCAGGGGAGCCUGGUCCCCCUGGGAUGCCAGCAGUGGUGCCAGGGGGUGCUGCCAGCCCCGGCUCAGUGAGACCUGUCACUGUCUGUUCCCAGGAUAUGAACAAGCUGAGCUGUGGGAAGAAGACGCGGGUGGAAGGUGGCCAGCUGGGGGGUGAUGAGUGGACCCGCCACGGCAGCUUUGUCAAUAAGCCCACCCGUGGCUGGCUGCAUCCCGAUGACAAGGUCAUGGGCUCUGGGGUCUCCUACCAUGUCCGGUACAUGGGCUGUGUGGAAGUGCUCCAGUCCAUGAGGGCUCUGGAUUUCAGCACCAGGACACAGGUGACCAGGGAGGCCAUUGGGCUGGUAUGUGAGGCUGUGCCUGGUGCCAAGGGAGCCGUGAGGAGAAGGAAGCCCUGCAGCCGCUCCCUGAACUCCAUCCUGGGCAAGAGCAACCUGAAGUUUGCAGGCAUGCCCAUCACCCUGACCAUCUCCACCAGCAGCCUCAACCUCAUGGCCUCAGACUGCAAGCAGAUCAUUGCCAACCACCACAUGCAGUCUAUAUCCUUUGCAUCAGGGGGAGACCCGGACACAGCCGAGUAUGUUGCCUAUGUUGCCAAAGACCCCGUCAAUCAGAGAGCCUGCCAUAUCCUGGAGUGUCCUGAAGGCUUGGCACAGGAUGUGAUCAGCACCAUCGGGCAGGCCUUCGAGCUGCGCUUCAAGCAGUACCUGAAGAACCCUCCAAAGCUGGUGACCCCCCACGACAGGAUGGCAGGGUUUGAUGGCUCUGCCUGGGAUGAAGAAGAGGAGGAACCAGCCCCAGAUCACCAGUACUACAACGACUUCCCCGGCAAGGAACCUCCCAUUGGGGGAGUCGUGGACAUGAGGCUGCAGGAUGGGGCUGCUCAGACCCCAAAUCACUUGGGUGCCACACUGCCUGUUGGCCAGUCAUCCGGUGGGGAGUACGACCCCCAGAAGCAGCACACUCCAGCCCAAGCAGGGAGAGAGAAAUACCCAGCUCCAGCGGGCACGUCUGGCCGCACGGACCUCUUUGAUGACCCGUCCUACGUCAACGUGCAGAACAUAGACAAGACACGCCAAGCUUCAGCCUCUGGCACCCCCACCACGGCCAACGGCAGCGCACAGAGGGACCUCUUCGACAUGAAACCCUUUGAAGAUGCCCUGCGUGUGCCCCCAUCUGUGCCUGUGGGGCUGCCCCCCGCCCAGGUGGUGGCCUCCAUGGAGGAGCAGCUGAGGCGGGAGCCCUGGUACCAUGGGAAGAUGAGCCGCAAGGAGGCUGAGAAGCUGCUGAAGGUGAACGGAGACUUUCUGGUGCGGGAGAGCACCACCACCCCGGGCCAGUACGUGCUGACUGGCUUGCAGGGUGGGCAGCCCAAGCACCUGCUGCUCGUCGAUCCCGAGGGAGUGGUGAGGACAAAAGAUCAUCGCUUUGAGAGCGUCAGCCACCUCAUCAGCUACCACAUGGACAAUCACCUGCCCAUCAUCUCGGCCGGCAGUGAGAUGUGCCUGCAGCAGCCAGUGGAGAGGAGACUGUGAGCGCCCGGGGACCCCAGUGCACGGCACCCCCAGUGCACAGCCCCCUGGCCGUGUUCCAUGCCCCAGGGAGCCCUCAGACUCUUCCAGGUGCUCCACCCGGGACUGAGCAUGGACUUGGCUGAGGACAGGGCCUCUCUCCUUUCACCACGUGGAGCUGGUGGCCGUGGGGGGGGCUCAGGCUGUGAGUGCCUGCAGGGCAGGGAACUGUUCCUGCAAAGCCCCUCCAGCUCCAGCCUUUGCAGAGCAGCUCAGCUCCUACCAAAACCCAGCCGUGCUGUUGUGCCACAGCCUCUCUUGCGCUCACCAGCACGGGCUCAGGACUGGCAGGGCUGAGCCCCCCCUGAGCCAGAGGCAGCCUGUCCUUAUCUCCGGCCCCUGGGCCAAGGAGGGGGCCCACGGUGGGGGGGCUCCGCUCCCCCAAGCACGAGGCCCUCGACCGUACCGGAUCACUUUACGUGUUAACUCUGUGCCUUGACCCCCGCAGGUCCCCACACUCUUAUGCAAGGGCAGGGGCUGGUCACAGAGCCUCCCCCGUGCUCCCAGCACCCCGCACCCCAUCCGUGACAUGCUUGUGCUCCGGGACGCGUGCCACCACGUCCCCUCCUUCCUCCCUGCCCCGUCCCGGCUGGGCAAGGGCAAACUCUGGCAGCCCCGGGGUUGGGGUGGGGGGGGGGGGGUGUUGGCGGGAGGACCCCCCCUCCCCCUGCAUGCACAGUGUAACUCCCCCCAAGCCAAAGCGCAGCCCCUCGCAGCCCCUGCCCUGCUAUACCAAAGGAACUGGCGGUUGUAUUAAAGUUGGUAUUUCUCUA